UCAUAACGGCUGUACUGAGACAGACACACAACAUCCGUUGAGAUCCCUCCUGAUAUUAAACAUCACUCGUGUCGUGUGGUCGGAAUGGAGAUGUUGAAUAAUCGACUAAAAUAAGGAAAAGUCCUCGCAGAGAUCAAGAUGGUGUCGUGGAUCAUUUCGCGAAUGGUGGUCCUGGCCUUCGGGACUCUCUACCCAGCCUAUUCCUCUUAUAAGGCUGUGAAGACGAAAAACGUCAAGGAGUAUGUGAAAUGGAUGAUGUACUGGAUAGUGUUUGCGAUAUUUACGACGGCAGAGACGAUCACAGAUAUGCUUCUCUCUUGGUUUCCAUUUUAUUUUGAGCUUAAGAUUGCCUUUGUGGUCUGGCUGUUGUCCCCGUACACCAAGGGCUCCAGCGUGCUGUACCGCAAGUUCGUGCACCCCACGCUCUCCAAUAAAGAAAAGGAAAUUGAUGAGUACAUAACCCAGGCUAAAGACCGCAGUUAUGAGACCAUGAUGCGGUUUGGGAAGAGAGGACUCAACAUUGCAGCUACUGCAGCCGUCACAGCCGCCUCAAAGGGUCAGGGUGUGUUAUCAGAGAAGCUGCGCAGUUUCAGCAUGCAGGAUCUGACUCUGAUUCAGAACGAAGACGAGCUGCAGCUGGACAGCACAGACGACACCCACACCGCAGCCACGCUACCUCGUGCUAAAACUGUCACGCGCUCAGUUCGUGCCACACCCAUGCCGGCUGACACUGAAUCACAGCACAGCUCUCGCUCGGAUGAGCAGUCGGAUAGCAGGACUGAGCAUUCAGAUGAAGAUGCAGCUGAUAAGGCCCCCAAACGCACUGCAAGCGUCAGAGCAGCCAAGAAACCAGCCGCUGCCAAGACAGAGCAGACCACCAAGACAUUGAAGAAACCGCCAAAGAAGAAAGCCACAACCACGACCAACAACAUUGCUGAAUCACCAUGAGUCACACUGCGUUCAUCCAUCCCUGGAAAAUACACAAACAUCACAUGCUUCCUCACACUAACAACCAAAUAUUUGUGCUCUUUGCUAUAGAUCCGUACUGAUACACACAUACACAUCGCCUGGGGCUGUUUUUAUCUAAUAGGUUUAAUGCGGUGAAUAUAUUUAGACAUCAGGCUUCAUGCGUUUAUUUUCCACGUUAUCACUCCCGUGCGUGUGUUAAGUAAGGAUGGGUCUUGUCUUAUUCUCUGUAGGCCUUAAUACUAGAGAGCAUCUUUGUAAAGCAUGAGACCAGAAAGCAGUGCCUGCACAUGAUCGCACAUCAACACUUUUGUUCCUUAUAACCCCAGAUUCCAUGCCAGAACUC